CUCUCCGACUGCGCUCCGGAGCGCAUUUUUACGCAGAGCGGCAGUAAAUCUUUCCUCCACCAAAAAUCAGCGAUCACACACACUUGUCAGCCCAGUGACAAGACACAAUGCGGCAGGAUGACAGUGUGGCUGAGGCAUCACCAUAGCAUCUGAGGGUAAUCUCCAGAAGUGUUCCCAUCGCCCUGAGAUAGACAGAGGGGCAGGUCGGUGAGGGUGGGGGAGCCGAGCGGCGGAUGACAGGGGCAUGGAGAUGUUGCGGCGCUCGUCUGUGUUUGCAGCCGAAGUGUUUGACCGCUCGCCCACCGACAAGGAGCUGGUGUCCCAGGCCAAGGCGCUGUGCCGGGACUACAUACACUCCAGGCUGAACCGCGCCGGCAUGGCCGGAUACCCCAAGCCCGAGCACGGACUGGCCGCGUCAGGUGGAACGCUGGGAGACGUCUCAUCCGUGCUCCUGUGGUUGGGCGAUGAGUUGGAGUACCUUCGUCCCAAUGUGUAUCGUAACGUCGCACGUCAGCUGAACAUAACCGUGGCAUCGGAAAGCGUGGUGUCGGACGCUUUCCUGGCCGUGGCCGCAGAUAUCUUCUCCACAGGUGUGACGUGGGGAAAGGUGGUGUCGCUGUACGCUGUGGCAGGAGCCCUGGCGGUGGACUGCGUGCGUCAUGGCCAUCCAGCUAUGGUUCACACCAUUGUCGACUGCAUGGGGGAGUUCGUCCGCAAGAGUCUGGCUUCCUGGUUAAAAAGGAGAGGAGGCUGGGUGGAUGUCACUAAGUGUGUGGUGAACACCGACCCCAGCUUCCGCUCUCACUGGCUGGUGUCUGCCGUCUGCACUUUCGGACACUACCUGAAGGCCAUCGUGCUGUACCUCCUCAGGGAGAAGUGAAAGUGGAACUUACACAUUGAAUUGUGAGCGGACUGAGCAGCCACUGACACAACCAGCACCGCCACCACCACCACCACCACCACCUCCACCACCUCCACCAAAGCAUCAACUGCUCUGGAUCAUGUUUACACUCGUUUGCACUGAGCCUUCACUGACCUUUGUAUUUCACAGAAAAUGACCUCUCCUCGCUUCUCCUGGCUUAUAUUUAUUAGUCACGGUUAUAUUGUGGCACACUGUUUAUGUGAAUGUAUAAAAUCACCCUUUGAAGAUUUUUGUUUUUCCUGUUUCACUUUUUUUUCUUUUUUACAUAAGUGGUGCCUUUUUUUGUAGUGAUAUGGCUCCAUCUCCUGGGAACUCAUUGAAAUCACUUUUUACUUACAGGAGUGUUCCUGAAUCAGGCAUGUAUACACGUAAAUCAACAAAGCAGUAAAAACUCUAAUAAACAAACAUUUUAAAGAAAUUGAAAAAGAAUAAUGCAUGCUUGUUUCCAACUGAGGGACUGUUAAAAUAGUUUAAAACAAUUCUGAAAUAUUCUAGGCACUCAUGUGCUUUCAUUUUUGCUGUAGAAAGCACAAUUUAAUUUUGAAAAGAGUCGCAGGCUCUAUGGGAAGCUCUUCCAUCACUCAGUAAAUCACAGUUGCAGCAGUCUGUGCCAUUGUUCAAAAUCAGUUGUUUAUCACAGGAAUCAUGAUUGAUUAGCCUGACUUUAGCAUCCUUUUUUUGGGUUGUAGUUGGAAAACCUUUUCAAAAAUUCUAGAACCAGUGCUCUUGCUCUUGCAUGUCUAAAAAUGAGGAAACCUUUCAGUCAGUAUGGGGGGUACAUUGUGAGACUGUAGCCGUCCUGACGUGCAAAUUGGUCGUCCGACAAAAUACAACAAACAUGCAAGUAUAGUUACUUAUUGUGGGGUUUUAAUCUGAGUGGAGAAGCACAUGGAAUCUUUAACCUCGCUAUAUCGAGUUUAAUGCUGCAGUGAAAUGAGUGGGAAUCAACCUGCAGAGCAACAAACAGAGACAUGGCAGACACAAUAAACUAAAGAGAAACUAUCUCUCAAGCAACGCUCUUCUCUUCUGGCAGUGAUUCUCAAGCAUUAUACUCAGUCUAUUUCUCACCUUCCUUUUAAUGAAAAAAUAGCUAUUCAAUCAACAAGGACAAUACUUUCAAUACAGUCCCUUUCUUUGUGCGUCCUACAUUUUCUCAGGCUCUCCCCUCUUCCUCUUUGGGGCUGUUUUUUUACUUUACGGGGGUGGCAGUGUUGCAAUUGGCAGCCUCUUUUGUCUGACACUGACUUGCUGCACUUUGAUAACAUUUCAGUUUAUGAGUAGAAUUUAUUCUGUGAAUAAUUCAUCUUUUAUAUGGCACACAGCAUGAGGCGACCUGCAAGAGAAAUACCUUUGUGAGUCACCUUCAACUAUAAAUACAAAUAAAUCUUUC